AUGUCACUCAGUCUGCAGUCCCAGGAAAUAGUCGUCCCUGGCAGUGCUUUAACCACCGAAAGAUUUGAUCAGAGGGAGAUUACAAGAACGGCUUCCUUCACAACAGCAGCUAGAGCUCUGAAGAACUCUAUCGAGCAAAUUAAGCCAGUGUACUGCGGAUCAGAGAACAUGUUCCGAGAACAGAUUCAGCGGCAGUUGUCACAGCCAGUUGCUGACUUCCCUCCGUUCUACGACACUAUGUUGCUUCUACCUGUUGUUUCCGGGACUCAAUUCAUCAAGCCUGAGAUACUGGCCGAAAUACAUAAUGGUUUGUUCCAGGUUGAUGGUAAUUGGACGUGCUAUAGACGCAACUACUUGUCAAUUUCGUGUUCGUUUACUUUGCAACCUUGGUCAAGCGCUCCUCUAUACGUGAAAUUGUCAGAUCAGUGGACAGAACGCAUUAUAAGGUUUUCCAUGCCAAUCUGCGCCACUUCGUGCAAAAAGCCGGGAAAGGUCAUAUUGCAGCCUUUUCAGCCUACGCCCUUGGUUCUCGGCCAUGAAGCGUCAUCAAACAGCAUUCGACAUCGGUUUUCAACAGCCUAUCAGUCUGCUGAGAUAUCCUUGGAUUACGAGGCGUAUCCGGGACUAGCCCAGCCUUCGCAGCCCCCGAACCGGCACACGUUUGAGCGGAUCCAGUUCCAGAAGGCGACGGCGAACAACGGGAAGCGGCGAGCCCAGCAGCAGUACUAUAACCUAGUCAUUGAACUCUAUGCUGAGAUCUCCAGCUUCGUUCAGGAGAGUGAGAGCCAGUGGAUCCGGGUUGCCAGGCGACUUUCGCAUCCUUUGGUAGUCCGGGGUCGCUCUCCGAGCCAUUUCAAAGGUGACCGCCGCGACUGUCCGACAAGCAUGGGUCUUUGA